GCCCACUCCCAUCAUAAUCGGUCCACGCGGAAAUACAGCAAUAAGUAGACCAAUAAUAGACAGACUGAUAAGCAGAGCAGAUCACCUGCUUUCCCGCCUUUGGGACAACGACUCCCAUUGUUAGGGUAGAGACAAUACCAUCUCGUCUUUAUAUACAGUAUCUCUGGAGAAGCCUGCUAGUGAGAGUGGACAGAGAGCUAGAGUAAGAAGUACUAGGCAUAGACAGACAGAGAAAUGGUCCAGUUGUUGUGGACUUUAUUGGUUUUGCUGAUCAUCUUCAGGGAAUCAGGUCAGUGACUUUAUUAUUGUUGUUUAAAAAUAAGUCUAUUUUGAACCUCAUAGCAACAGUAAACUAAAUGUUAUAUUUUAAUAUAUUGAUUUGUGAACACAACACUUCACUAUUAUGCUAGACACAUCACGUUACUUUUGAAUAAUAUGGUGCUAGAUUUAUUUGUUGAAGCAGUGACUAGAACAAUCUAUAUGUUUUCAGUAUCACAGGAGGUGAAAUGUUACAGCAGGUUUGAUAAUGGGGAUUGUGACUAUCUCCUGGGAGAAGUGACGAUGGAAGACUGUUGUCUUAACCCUCACUAUGGCUACAUUGGAGCAGAUGGAAAAUGCAAGUUUUGUGGGUGAGUCUCAAUUAGUUUCAGAUUUGGACGUCCAAUGUCCCAGUGCAGGAUGUGAUAUGUUGCGUUUUAUGUCACCUGUAGGCCAGCUUCGUGGUCUGAAUGGACUACUUGGGGCAACUGCUCUGUCCCCUGUAACGAGGGAGUUUCGCAGAGACGACGAGAAUGCCAGGGACAGGGAAAAUGUACUCAGGAGACUACCCCUAGACAGCUUCGCAAACUCACGUUAGAGACCAAAGUCUGCAUUGAGCCAGACUGUUGUCCAGGUACAGACCCUUUCUAACAGUCAGGGAACAUAAAUUCAAUCAUAUCUGAAGUCAAGGUAUUUUGUGCCUCUUUUGAUGAUCUUGCUGAAAAUUGUUCAGAACAGGGACAAUGGAGCAAGUGGGCUGAGUGGCAGCCCUGCUCAGUGACUUGUGAGAAGGGCUUGAGAAAGAGAGUGAGGACAUGCACCGAACCACCACCUAGAUGUGGAGGCAGCUGUGACGGUCCAAGUGAAGAAGAGGAACCCUGCGUGGUUGAUCGUGUCUGUCCAAGUAAAGACCAUCAUGAUUUAGACAAUACUCUCUAUUCCUUCACAUAAUGCAAUAAUCAUCUCCAUACAUUAUACAAGUUUUACAUGUUUUUUUCACCAUUCAUCUCCUAUUUCGACUGUAGCCAAUGGUGGUUGGUCAAACUGGGAGAGUUGGCAGCCAUGCUCAGGCACUUGUGCAAGGGAGGAUUUACCCAGACCUACACAGCGGCGCUCUAGAUCAUGCUCCAAUCCACCACCGUCCUCAGUGCCCCCUGGUGAUGAAUGCCCUGGGUUAGGGAGCGAAUCUAGGACCUGUGAUGAGCUUCCUUCAUGUCCUGGUAAAUGGCAUGGCCAAGCAAUCAAAUUUUCCUCUGAGGUUCUGACUGAUAUCCUAAAGCUAUUGCUUGUAUUCAUACACAUAAUGUAGCAAUAACAUGUACUCAUAGUGUAUGUAAAACAAACCUCCCUCUUUAUCCUCAACAGUAAAUGGUAACUGGGGGCUGUGGGGGCCCCCCAGCUCCUGCUCCGUUACCUGUGGGGUGGGGGUUAAUGAAAUGCUCAGACAGUGUAACAACCCAGCCCCUAAACAUGGAGGGCUGCCCUGCUCUGGAUCCAAUAAAGACACAAAAGUCUGCAAUACCAAAAACCAGUGCCCAGGUAAAAUAUUGACAGCCGGAGAAUAACCCAUUCCCUCUGCCCAUUUCAUCAGUUAUUAACCUCUGAGCAAAUGUUGUUUUUAGUGGAUGAGUCAUUUGAUCAAACUUAGCCUCACUUGAGAGGAUUGUAGCUUUCACACAGCUGAGGUCAGAUGUUUAUAUUUUUGUCACUGUAAUUAUAAUAAUAUUACAUACUUUUACAGUAAUACUAUUACUGUUAUGAUAUGGGGGGUAGUUUAGUGUUAGCACGUAGAUAGACAGCACACUUCCACACCUCAUCCCUAGGUGACAGCAGUAACCGGGUCCAAGUGCUGUGCCAGGCCUUGAUAAGCACACAGGUACGGCCUGCCAGUGUUUGUUUUGCGUUACAUCUUUAGUUUUGUAUUUUUGUACAUUCCUUUUCUAUAUAUUUAUUUUCGUCACCAUGACCUGAACAAAUGAUAAUCCCCUUGGGCUGGCCAACCAAGAGUUCAAGACGGAGCUGUCCCUGGACCGAGUUAAGGUUGCUGUCCCCUGGGGGCACAUACAUACAACAUGGUCUGCAUACUCUGACUUUUCACAUAAAUGCACACAUUAAAUCAGGUUAUAGACCAUUUAGCUAGGCUUAGGACUCCUAGACAUAGCGAGUGUAUCAAUAUCUGUAGGCUAGCUAGUUGGUUUCGUAACACUGUAUAUGGUAUUCAGUAGUGAAACCAUUGCAUCCUUCAAGUCCUCCUAAGAACUGAAAUACUUCCCAUGGGGAUAAUAGUUAUUUCUUUGUUCCACAGUGGAUGGUCAGUGGUCGCAGUGGGGGAAAUGGGAAGACUGUAAAUCUAAUAGAGGAAAAAUUACCUGUCGAAAAAUCGGUGGACAGCAAAGACGCCAAAGAUGGUGUAAACACACAGAUUUUGGUGGGUUGACGUGUGAAGGAACGAUCACAGACUACAGGCCCUGCUUUGACAUUCAAUAUUGCGAAUGUGAGUUAAACAAAUGUUAUCUUCCAUUGAUUGAGCUGUGUUAUUUGUUUUGAUGCCUCUUUCAACUUUAAUUCAGUCCAACUGUUGCAUGUUUUUGCAGUGAUAGUUGAAUAAUACAAAUCAGAUUUCAUAACCAGUAGGCUAAGAAGUCAUGUUCCUCACAUAAUGCUUAACUUGUGUUUAGUUGAUGGUAAGUGGGAUGAAUGGAGUGAGUGGAGUCAUUGUGAGCCCCCCUGUGGAGAAGGAGCCAAAAGGACCAGAGAACGCAAGUGCAUACCUGAUCUGUCAGAAUACCCGUAAGGAGACUGUAUAGUAUACUAUUAUUAUACAAUGAUUAACCAAGUAAUUUGUGUGUAUCUACCCCUAUGCCUCUCAAUAAGUAGGCUACACACGAUUUAGGCAUUGCUUGGGCUCAGUGGCACAUUCAAUAUUAUCUGGUGCAGUGUGAAAUCUGUGCACUCUGCUAUUGUUUGGUGUGUCAGGUGUAAAUUGGAUGAAUCUAACUCUUUAUUUGCUAUUUGUUUCCAUGCCAGGGAGAAAAUAGGGUAUCCUGUUAAGUCUAAAGCAUACUUUGAAGGGAGGCCAGAUGUGAACUGCACACUGUUGAAGGACACAAAAGAGAGUCGGGCCUGUAUAAAUGUUCCUCCAUGUGACACAUAGGUAAUACGUUAUCAUUAACAAUGAUUUCACAGUUGCAAUAUCAAUUUUAAAUAGCAUUGGAGCUGACCAAAGUCCAUCUCUAAAUGUCUGACUUUUUUCCAGAGUCUUUUGAUCAAAGCACAAGUCUGGAGGGGAAUAAGCAUUGUCAACUUAGAAAAUGACACAUUGAAUUGAUAUGUCUAGCUAUGUGAUUUCACUGCCUUUGGUCACGUAUGUCUAUGCAGACUUCAUGAAGCAUUAGUAACACAAAGUAGUUUAUUAGGACUACACUUUUCAUAAUAAUGUAAUUUCCUAAAGAAAUAAAAAAACAUUGUUCACUUCCUCACAAGGUAUUGCUUUAGUCUAUGAGGUCUUUUCAUUUCAAAUGCAGCAUUGCAUUAGCCGGAGUGAUUAUGGAAAACUUAAUUAAUGCAUAACAAAUUGGUGAAGUGUAUAACUUUACGCAUUUUACAUUUUAGUCAUUUAGC